AUGGAUAUACAAUGGAAGAAGCAAAUUACUAAAUCAUUUUCAUUAACUGGUUUUUCAAUUAAAGCAGAUGCAAUGAAAUGUAUUAUUAAUAGAAUAAAGAAUGAAGGUUAUGAUAUAACUCAAUUAAUUGAUAAUUUAUUAAAAAAUUUAGAUAAAAGUCAAUAUUUACAAACAAUUGAAGGAUGUUUUAAAUUAAUUGAUACAAUUAAUAGUUCAGAUGCAAUUGAAAAAGAAGCAUUAAAAGUAAUUGAUGCAUUUAAUACACCAUUAUUUAAUUUUGAUUCAAAUUCAAAACAAUUUAUAAAAAGUGAAAAUUUUGAUAGAUCAUUACAUGGAUCAUCAAAUUCGAAAUCAGAUUUAUAUAGAAAAAGAUAUUUAAAAGUUUUACAAAGAACUGAAAGAAAUGAUUAUUUUUCAACACCAGUUUUAGCAUCUGAUAAAUUAAAGAAUGAAUAUCAAACUAUUACACCACUAAGUUCAUUACUUGGUAAUACUGGUAGAAAACAUGUACUUGGUACAAUAUCACAAAUUGAAGAGGAUCAAUUCUAUAUAGAAGAUUUAAAUACAAAUGUUAAAAUUGAUAUUUCAAAAGCUAAAUUCGAAUUUGGUAUAGUCACUAUAAAUUCAAUCAUUCAAGCAUCUGGUGAAUUUAUUGAUGGUGUUUUCAUUGCUGAUAAAAUUCAAUUACCACCAACUGAAGAAAGAUGUGAAACAUUAAAAUUUUUACAAAAUAUUGAUAUGUUUGGAGAAAGACCACAAAAAAAGACGAUGGAACAAUUGAUAAAGUAUGAAAAAGAGAAAGAGGAUAAUUCAAUAUUAUUUCUAUCAGAUGUUUGGUUAGAUUCGGAAAGGGUUAUGGAAAGAUUAGAUUAUUUAUUUGGUGGUUAUAAAGAUUGUCCACCAUUUGCAAUGAUAUUGAUGGGUAAUUUCACUGAGCAUCCUUUGAUCAAUGGUACACAAUAUCAAUUGAAAAAGUAUUUUAAUCAACUUGCAAUGGUAAUUCAAAAGUAUCCAAAUAUACAUCAAUUCACUCAAUUCAUUUUCGUACCUGGUCCAACUGACCCAACUGGUUCCUUAUUAAAUAUUUUACCAAAGUUCCCAAUUUCAAAUGUUUUCAUAAAGGAUUUCAUUUCUUUAAUUCCAAAAUCAACCUUUACAACUAAUCCAUGUAGAAUUAGAUACUGUUCUCAAGAAAUUAUAAUAUUUAGAGAUGAUUUAACAAAUAAAAUGAGAAGACAUUGUAUUUUAGAACCUUCACAAUCAUGUGAUAUUUCUCAACAUUUAAUUGAAUUAAUUUGUAGUAAUUCACAUUUAUGUAAUUUAACAUUAGAAGAUAAACCAAUUUAUUGGAAUUAUGAUCAUGCAAUGUCUGUUUAUCCAUUACCAGAUUUAUUGGUAAUUGGUGAUAAAUCAAAUCAAUAUGAGCAUUCACGUGCUGAUGGUACUUAUUCAAUGAAUCCAAGUUCUUUCUCAACAGAUUAUUCAUUUGCACAUUAUAUUCCAGCAAAUAAACAAUUUUAUUAUAAUAAAGCUGAUAGACCAAGUGAUGAAAUUGAAGAUGAUGAUGAUGAUGAAGAGGUGGAAAAUCAAAAUGAAAAUGAAAAUGAAAAUGAAAAUGAAAAUGAAAAUGAAAAUGAAAAUGAAAAUAAUGACAAUGAUAAAACACAACAAAAAGAUACUCAAGGUGAUGGUGAUGAUAAUGAUGAUGAUGAAAUUAUGAUUGAUGAAAAUGAAAAACAAAAAAGUAGAAAACGUAAUAAAAAAGUUGUAAUCAUUACCAAAGAGGAUGAAUUAAAUAAAUUGGAAGAUGAUGAAGAAAUUUUAAAUAGUUUAGAUGUUCAACAACAAAGUGAAAAUCAUGCUGAUAAUAAUAAUAAUAAUAUUAAUAAUAAUAAUAAUGAUGAUGACAAUGAAGAUGAUGAAGAUUCAAAUUAUAAUAAUAUUGAAUCUGAAGUUCAAGAAGUUGAGAAAGAAGAAGAAGAAGAUGAAGAGCCUAUCGACAACGAUAAGUUGGAUGAAUUCAUUGAAUAA